AUGUUUGGAAUUAGAACGGCAUGCAUUUCGGGCACAACUGAUAUUAAAGAACUAGUGAAAGGUGCUAUGUUCAUACAGGAAUGCAUACCCGAACGUCUAGAUAUGAAACAAUCUCUAUAUAAACAGCUGGACACCAUUGUGGACAAUCAGACUAUACUUUCUAGCUCCACAAGCACAUUUCUACCUUCACUAUUCAGCAAAGAUUUAAAACACAAAGAGAAUAUACUGGUAUCACAUCCAGUAAAUCCACCCUACUAUGUACCUCUCGUUGAAAUUGUACCAGCUCCAUGGACAAAGCCCGAAGCAGUUAAAAAAACACGUGCACUAAUGGAAGAAAUCGGACAGAAACCAGUAACCUUAAGUCGUGAAAUAGAAGGUUUCGCAUUAAAUCGCAUACAAUAUGCAAUUUUAAAUGAAACUUGGCGUUUGGUGGAGGCAGGCAUUUUAGAUGUAAAAGACAUUGAUAGUGUUAUGUCCGAUGGCUUAGGAAUGCGUUACGCUUUCCUUGGUCCAUUAGAAACAGCACAUUUAAAUGCUGAAGGUAUGACCAACUAUUUCGAACGUUACUCAAAAACUAUUUACGCGGUUAGUGAAACAAUGGGUCCAACUCCAAAAAUGGAAGGUGCUACUGCCGUUGAAGUUGCCAAACAAUGUGAAGCCAUGGUUCCUUUGAAUAAAUUGAAUGAACGUCGUACUUAUCGUGAUAAUUGUCUUACACAGUUGAGCAUACUGAAAAGCAAACUGAACAAAAAUAAUUAA